AUGUCUUACCAGCAACCUUACCAGCAGCCUCCUCCCCAGGGAUACUACCCUCCCCCUGGCGGCCAAUAUCCUCCUCCCCAGCCGAUGCAGUACCAGCAACCCCCACCCCAGGAGGAGAAGAAGGACCGUGGUUGUCUGACCGCCUGUCUUAUGGCCAUGUGCUGUUGCUUCCUCUGUGAGGAGACCUGCGAAUGCUGUAUUGAGUGUGUCGAGUGCUUGUGUUGUGGGUGUUAG